AUGUCUUCCUCAUCGACGUUAUCAGCAAGUUGGCAACAGCACUAUUAUGCAUCAUCAAAAACUGCGCCCAACAAGAAAUCUGCUCAUUUUACAACCAUUCCUACAACUGCUAAUUUUGAUAAUCAGCCAUGCGUAUAUUGCGAUCAAUCUGAUGAGAAUUUCUCUUGGAAUCAAAAUUAUAUUCAGAAAGAAGAGGAAAUAGACCAGUUGGAAAUAAAAGUACCGCGGAAAAAUAAAGGUGGUGCUCGACGGUACAAAACACCCAGUCCACAAUUGUUACGGAUGCGACGUCAAGCAGCGAAUGCACGUGAACGACGACGAAUGAACAAUUUGAAUGAUGCAUUCGAUAAACUGAGAACUGUAUUACCAUCAGUAGGCACCGGUCGAAGAUUGUCGAAAUUCGAAACGCUACAAAUGGCACAGCAAUACAUUGAUUGUUUAGCAGAAUUGUUGAAUAAACCACGAUGA